AUGCACAAACCGGUGACGGCACGCGUGACUGUGAGUCUCCGUUUCACAGGAGUGCCAGGCAUUCAAGGCCAGCGUGUCUUCCGUGACACUUUAUCUGUAACGCAUCCAUACGAUAACAGUUACGACAGAAUUAGGGAUGUGGUGAAUGAGAAGCUGAAGUUCAUGAAGGCUCCCUUGUGUGAUUUCACCGUCUUCCACAAAGAUAACAAAACAAACGAUGUUGUGGUCGUGGACAAUGCGUACUUUGCUGAGCUUGUGAGAGACCUUGUGGGGAAGGCGCUCGCAUUGGGUGGGACACGCCCUGCCAGCAUAGCGGAGGGUGUCUAUAAAUUGGGUGAAACACGCGACUUCAGAAGGAAUGAGGUUUUAGGUGGUAGCUUUGAUUAUGAGGAGGAGGGGGAGGAAGUUGUUAGUUUAAGUGGCGUACUUUCGUUCGAUGUGGAGGUGACUAACGAGAAGACGGUGGUCGCCAAACCGAGUCUUAACAGCGGCACGGUGGUGCCACUGACAACGGAGGCGUUGCGAGCGCAUGUGUCGGACGGUGUUCAUGUAGCAAUUGGUUCCCUCGUGUGUCCACCCAAACAUCCAAAUGUCUUCAUUCGUGCUGCGGUGAUUGGCAUUCACUUUAAACAGCUGAACUCAGGGCAAUCACUGUGCCGAUUAGAUCUCUGUGAGCCGGAGGAUGUGCGGCAGCAGAUUACGGCUGUUACUUUUGACGCUUCCGUACAAAAGGCGAUUAGAGAUAAUCUUAAGGGAGGUGGGAGAGAGGUUGUAGAGCUGCGCAACGCUUAUAUCCGUAAGAAAAACGAAACAGACAUACGAUAUCAGGUCAACAUGCAUCCUCUUAUAAUCGGGAUGAACUCCUGCUCACGGAUUGAAGUUGUGCGGCUGCUUCCAGCCCCAGUUGCUCUGAACCCCGAGAACGUUGUGACCAUGCGGGAGAAUUUACGCCCCACCGGAAUCAUUAACUUUGGUGGCCCAGCUGUCUCGAGUGAGAAACCUGUUAAUUCAAGUCUUUCCCAACCGAUGCGGCAAAACGCGUCUGCUACAGGUUCCUCUUCGUCGUCAUCGGUACAAAGUGGACCGAGGAAGACGAUGUUAUCACUAAACAGCGCGGCAUCCAACACCAUAACUCCGAUUUCCGGCGUAGUUCCUUCACAUCUUGGCGAAGAAAUGAGGCGACAACAGGCCAACUUUCUCUCCAAGCGGACGCGUGAAGAACCUCUACCAAAGGAACCAGACACAAUCCACGUGUCCGUGAAGGACGUGAGAAUGAGAGAUAUGAUUGUGGCGCAGUACGCCGUUAGAGAGGAGGAAACCAAAAAUCGAAUUCGACGGCGGAAGGAAGUAAACCAAACGUGUAUCAUCUGCGGGGUAAAUUGCGAAGACGAGAGCACUUUAACUUUGGUGGCAGAUCUGUUGAAGAACAAUAGCGAAAACAGAGGAAGGCGCAUCCCAUCAAUGGCGGAGCUGCGUUGGGCACUAUGCGACCGGCGGCAAACAAAGAGCGGACAGGUUGGGAACCGUUUAGUGUGCGCACAAUACUUUGUGGAUACCCGAACCAACUCCCUUCACGUGGUGCACUGCCGCUGCGCUCAUCUUUGUACGGGUUAUCAAAGAGGACGAGAUUUGGAGGAUAUUGUAGCGUUAGAGCUACCCAUGCAAACCUGUACUCUCUGCGGUAUGCCGGGGGCGAGUGUCUUCUGCUACCAUCCGGAUUGUCGCGAGAUGUAUCACACAAUUUGUGCGUUGUUUUGUUUUGGUUAUGUGAACUUUGGCAAAAAGGAUCCGCACCUGCCGUGUCCUGCGUGUCCAAAACAUACACAAGUCAAACACUUACUGCCCGACGAGGCCGGUCCCGUCACGUAUGCGCAAAGCAACUCCGCGUGGUGGGAGGAAGACAAAGUAGUGUUUGAUUCCUCAAUAGUUGAAACUACGGAUCUACGAGACCCGGAUGAGAAUGAGGGAGCAUAG